AUGAGUGGACAGUGGACCCGGCAAAGGCUUGAGAAAGAGAGGAACGACUGGUGGGACACGCGCACAACAGGCUCAUCCGAGAUAUGGGCUGCAUUGCGGAGCAUGGUGCAGUCGCUACAGGCUGGCGACAUACGGGAAGCUCAGGUGCUACUCGAUGCGACUGAGUGCACGUGUCCAAACGGCAUGCUGUGGCGUGGCAUCUUCGACAAUCGCGGCGAAUGGUAUAAGGUUCCUGAGUGGAUUGUCAUCGAGCCUGACGGCUUGGUGGAAGAGGAAGACCUCAAGGAUGAAGCAGGCAGCGUUGGCGCAGAUGACGAUAAAGAGGUGGAAGCCGAGGACCUUGGGGAAGAGGUCAAAGUUAAGUGCAGACUGAGCUCUACCGGGAAAGACUAUAAGGUCGACAUUAGGAGGGGGGAACGUGUGGGCAGUUUGGUUACGAAGCUGAAAGCAAAGGCCGGGCUGAGUCCUUUUGUCACCAUUCGCAUCGUCUAUGGUGGCAAGAUCAUCGACGAAAACCAACCGCUCGAAUCCCACCCCUCCUGGAACUACGACGCUAAGCAUGUACUUGUCGCAAUGGUUUUUGAGUAG